ACAGCCUGAGGGAGGUAAGUCCAGCCCCCAACAGCGGGGCCAUCCUUCUGCUGCUGGAUUUUUCCAGCUGGAGCAUCUUGCCGGCUCUGCUGUAAUUUAUGGAAAUUGGUUUCUGACGUGGGGCUUUUUCUGUUACGACAGGGACCCACUGACUGGAGGAGGCAGAGCUGCAGUCAGGGCAGGAGAAGAGAGGGAGAGGAAGAAGUGGGAAGCAGAGGGACACCGGGGGAGUGGAGAGGACACAGGCAGAAAAAGGCACAGAGACACUUCAGAGAUGAGUGAGUUAUAACUAAGAGCAGGCAGAAAGGCAGAGAAAGGGAGAGAAAGAGACCUGUGAGGAAGGCAAAGGGAAAGGAGCUCAGAGACUGAGUCAGCCUUAGGAGGGCGAACACCAGGAGACGUGUUCAGGGGAUACGCCAGCAUAUCAAGAAGGACCCAUUCUGUCUGAAUCUUCACCAUGAGCACAAGGAAGAGCUGCCCCCUGCCACUGGGGCAAGGAGACCGGGAGGAAAAGCAGAGUAAGGGUACUCCUGACCUGGAGCGACAGGAGUGUGAGGUGGAGCUGAGGAACAAAGCUAUUCUGCAACAGAAGAGGCGCCUUAAACAGGCCACCCAGUUUGUGCACAAGGACUCUGCUGACCUGCUGCCCCUGGACGGCUUGACAAGGCUUGGCACCUCCAAGGAUCUGCAGCCACAUAGUGUGGUCCAGCGGCGCCUCUUGGAAGGCAAUCUGAACAAGCUGCGGGGCGAGACCAGGGUUCAGUCUGCACGGGUUCAAUCUCCGCUGGCAAAAGACCAGGAUGAAAAGAUGGAAAAGGGAGAGGACAGGAGGAAAGAAACUUCACCCCUGCUAAUACAGUGCCAGUGCCAAGGUCAGGUAUUGAAAGCGACUGUUAACACUGGGUGUCUACCAAAUCUCAUCUCCAAGAGCUGUUUAAACCAGCUGGGGCUGGAAGAAGUAUCUGCCAUGGACUGUGGAGACCUCUCUCUUCCCAUCCCCAGCGUUGUUGGCCGAGUAGAACAUAUGGAGUUGCAAUUUGGCCAGGAGACAGUGCUGUGUUCAGCACUGGUUGUAGAUGAUGAUAUGCUGGAGUUUUGCAUUGGUCUCCAGACUCUGUUGUCUCUCAAGUGUUGCAUCGACUUGGAGGAAGGAGUCCUGAGAUUUAAAGCACUGAGUCAAGAGCUGCCUUUUCUACACACCUCUGAAGAGCCUGGUCAGUGACUGGCUGCAUUCCCCAUGUCUGGGGCUGAGGAGACUUGCUGCCAUGAGAGAGAGAUGAGGGUGAGGCUCACAUGCCCCUAACCUUGCUGAGUUCUAGGCUGAGGCAUUCACUGGGGAGUGAGAAAAAGGCAAAUGGGUGCUGAAAGCUGUUGUUGCUGGGAGUGCCUCAUCUUGAGAGAUAACCCUCCUAUCAGUGGACCCUCUUGCUUGUUCCCAUGUGUGCCAAGUGGGCAUUUUGUUCUUGUUUUUCUAUCUGUCUCUAGUCACUCCAAUUCCUGCUUCUCUACUAAACUUACCCUACCCUUUUAAUGACUUAUUUUUACAAUAGCCUCUGUUCAUGAGACAAAAGAGUCUCCGUGAACAAUCUGCAGUUGUUCUGUGGACAGGAGGACAGCACUUUCUCCAAAAGCCUCCAAAGAUUGCCAUGAAUGCUUCCCUUCUCUUUGCCUCAAUGUGAGCAGAUUCUCCUCCCAUUUCUUUGCAGGAAGGACUCUGUGGCCAGUCCCCUCACUGUGCUCUGGGAAGCUGGAUUUUGUUACUUUUUGCUGGCUCAGAGCAGAGCAGAAGUAUUUUCUAGCAAAAAUCUUGCAGCAAGAACACUUUUGGAGUUCUUAAUUCUAAGAAACCUCUGCAGAAAUGCUGAGCAUAGAUGUCUAGAGUACAGUGGACACUCACAGGGGCUUGGGCUUUGCCACUUUGCCUCCUUGGCCACUAAGCUAUAUUAUAUGAAUAGCAAUGCUUAUCAUCUCUUGGUGUUAUACGUGGUAACCAGACUUGCACACCCUGUUCUUCUGACCAGGCCUCUCUUCUCCGCACUCCAGCUGCUAGAGCUACAUUCCCAUCACCUCUGCUGCAUCAUCAGAGAUCCUGCCACUCAGUUUAAAUGCUGCAAUGAAUUACAGCACCCAGAGUCUUCUGCUCUGUAAGCUCCUUUCUUUCAACUUGAAAUCUAGUGAUUGGACACAGAUACAUGAUCAGCCUCAAGUCCCAGCAUCUUAGAGCCUAUCAACUUUGCUACUCCUGCAUGAAACAAGAACUAGACUUCCUCGCAGUAUCAGCUCAGGUCAGAGAACUGUGAACUCAUGUGGGAUGACCAGGGUGAUUAUUAAGUCACUUAAUUGUUGAGGGUUUUUUAAUUUUUUUUUUAAUUGCAUCCUAGAGCAUAGUUGUAUGAUAAAUACAUGCCUAUUCUUUACUAGCUCUAGGAAAGAUGCUCCAGAUCAGGGCUUGUUCCAUGCCUCAUGACUAGUGAUUCACUAUCCAAACUCUGCACAAUGUCCCUUUGUCCACCCUUACAAUGUCAUGACAUUCCCAUUUUGCCUAUCUUCCUGGAUUAAACACAGCUGGCUCUCUUCAUUUUUCAUCAAGCCACUCAUUGUUUCUGUUGUGCUUCUCAAAGAACUUGUGUAUGCAUUUUUGCUUUUUUCUGUUAGUUCUUUCCUAAAUCAGAUGCUGUAUGCUGUAGUUUAACACAUGCUAAGGACAGCUGAAUACAUCCUGGCUGAUAUGAUUUGGAAUGCACUUACCAGAGUUAGUUGGUGUGACUGGCAUCUGCUUCUCCUACAAGCAGCAUCAUGCUAGUGACUUUUAUUGUUAGUCAUCGUAUCUUGCAGCUUCUGAUCUGUUCCUUGGCUUCUUUGCCAUUCUUCUACUUAUGCAUCUGAUUAUUUCUGGCUGCAUGAACUGCUUUCCAUGAAUCUCCUGAAUGACACCAACAGUUCUCUCAUUUACGUCAGGACCCAUGUCUACUCAAUGAGCCUGUCUUCCAAAGUACCAGUAAUUCCUCCUGGAUUUGUAUCACCUGCAUGUCUGACUGGCUUCUCCAACCCAGGGGUCUUUAAUGACAGUUCAGACUUGUACUAAACCAUCCUGUGUCUCAGCUGUAAUCUACAUGCUACCUGGGUCAACUCUACUGAAAAAAUCUUGUUUGCGAUAGAUGAAACACCUGUUCCUAUGUGCAGAAACUCACCUAGAUUCCAACUCUCACUGCUCUCUAAAAAUGGCAUGUGGAACAAUGGAAAACAUUCUGCUAAAGCUGACAGAUAUGUCCAUUACAUCUCUUAUUAUUCAUUAACUUUUAUGAUCUAUUAAAAAAAAAAAAAGACAGACCCUAACCCUAAACAUUAAAUCUAACUCCAACCCUAACCCAAACCCUAAAACCUAAGCCUAAACAUUAAAUCUAACUCCAACCCUAACCCAAACCCUAAUCCCUAACCCUAAACUUAACCCAUACAACUAACCCUAACCCAUAAACCUAAUCCUACCCCUAAACCUUAAUGCUGGCCCUAACCCCUAAUCCUAAACACUAGCCCCUAACCAUAAACCCUAACCCUAAACAUAACCCCCUAAAUCUAACUCCCUAAGACUAACCGCCUAACCCUAACCCUAAACAUAACGCUAGCUAUAAAUCCUAACCCCCAAACCUAACCCUAAUCCCCAACCCUAGCCCCUAACCCUAACUCUGUCCCUAACCCUGACCCUAACCCUAAACCUUAACACGAACCCGAACCCUAAUGAUGACCUCUAACUCUAAACCCCUAACUAUAUAACUAAACCUAAUCCCUAUUUCUAAUCCAAAUCCUAACCCUAUCUGGUGGCUUUUGCCAGUGCUCGCAAGGGGCCCUGCUUCCCUCCAGAGCACCCCAGGGCUUUUGCCGGGCUCUGCUCAUGCCCGGGCAGGUCUCUGCUGCCUUCCAGAGCAUCUGACAGCUUUUGCUGGGCUUUGCUGGUGCCCACAAGUGGUUGCCAAGGGAAGGGGAAGGCCACCAACAGCUUUCAGUCCUGGCCACUUCUGUGUGAGAGCCAUGCCUGGUGGGUGUCUGUUUUGGAGCUGGGCUCUGGUUAGGGUGAGGGCGUAGGUCAGUAUGUCUUCCCAAACUCAGACUGAAGCCAACAGGAAUCUUUCCAAUGAUUUAAAGGGUGCUGGAUGGGAUCUUACAGAAAAUUGGCAUGACUUUGAGUUGACAAUUCUGACUAGUGCCUGUCACUCGCAGCCCUGCAGAUACACGUACACUAGCUGCUGUUGGAAUUCACCAUGUGCUGUUCCUACAUGUCAAGUCUCGGGAUAACUCCGCUUUUGCUCACCUUCAGAACAUCCUCCAAUCCUUCUAGAAGCCUUUCUGUGGUUCGCAUGCCUCAUUUCUCAGAUCACUAACAGUUAGGUUCCUCUGCGAAUUUAUGUGCUACAGUAGGUGAAAAUCCCCAGCCCUAUCUGUCCCUCUCUUCUCAGCAUAAUGAAUCCUUCUUUGCAUCCUCCUUAUCUUCCCCCAAGAGAAUCCCUCAUUCUUCCACACUAGUAAGUGACAAAUUUGCCUCUUCCAGAAGGAAUUCUUUCCUUUUUAGAUAAACCUUUUAACACUUUCCUGUACCCUGGUUGCUAAUACUCUCCCAUGUUGUGCCACUAUCUUGCCAGCCUUUCCCUCUGUUGUUAACGAUUGCAUGUAUAAAUGUAGACUGUGCCACUUGCCAGGCACGGAGAGGAUGUUUCCAAGCAAGUGCUAAAUUAGCAUGUGAGAGCUCUUUUCAGCUGUGAAAGCAGCUCCAGAACAGACGAUAUGCUUUUCACCUUCAUCCUGUCUGUGUCAGUUGAACAUGCAGGUCCACACAAUAAAGGUCUCUUCCACCCAGACAUUGAGGAAUCUGUUGCCAACAUUUAUCCUGGAACCUCCCCAUCAACCUUUGUUGCAGACAGAACUUACAGAAAAACACAUUUAUAUGACUAAAUGAGAACUGCAAGUCAUAAGACCAUGGCUGACGCCUCACUUCAAUUCAUUCCCUAAAUCCCAGUCUAAUCCUACAGUGUCAGUACCUCAUUUCCUCAUCAUCAAACAGAACUCCUGGUGGGUUUCCAUCUCCCAAAGUUCCUUGGCAUUAAAUGACAUGUUUUUACUGACCUUAACACAUGUAUUCUGAAUUCUUGCCCAAACUGGUGUUUUCUCCAAAGACCAGCAUUUUUGUGUCAUUACAUGGGAAUACCAGCUUCCAUUGUGAAAGACAGAAAUCUUGGCUUUAAAAGAUGUGAUUAUAAAACAGGACUUACAACAUCUCAAAGAAGCAAACUCAACGCCAUCUACAAAUAUGGUAAUUUUUAAAAGUCUUCCUAUGUUAGGGAGCCCAGUAAGUAAUUUUUAAGUGGGUUGGCAAGGCUGAAGACUGUCUCAAUUGUAGUUUCUUUUGGAAAAGCCUAUUAUAUAGAUACAUUUCCCUACCCUCAAUUCCAGUCAUCUCUAUUGCUUUUGGGGGACAAGGGGAAGGAAGGAGCUAUCUAAAGGUCUUUUCCACCGGAGAUCAAAAAAUGAUAAUACUUUCAAAAGGAAAGUAGAAAUUUAGUACAAACUGUCACCUCAGAGCAGGACAUAGGCACAUCCUGUAUGCGUCCAACACUGGCUUCCUCACAAUGAGGCCCAUCCUUCAAUACAGACAACGGAAUGUCAUUAUUUUAGGGAUAAUCUCUGAACCGCCUUGGCGGUCAGCUCCUAGUAGGGCUACUUUCCAGUAGAGCAGACACAACAGUUGUGAAACAGUCUGUAGGGAAACUUCUGUCACAGCAAGUCUUUGGAACAGAGAAGCAAGUGUUACCUGGCAGGUGUGAAAGAUGUAUGGCUGAACCUGCCCAGGGAUGGGGAGAUGGACUUCCAAGGCCCCUUCCAAGGCCUAUGUGCAAGAGGUAAACCUAUCCCAAGAACAUGCAGUCUGCCGAAGCCAUCAUCAGGACCAUUUCCAGGAGCCUGGGGUCACUUGGUUUUGAACAAAAUGGGAGCCCCAGCCAACCAUAUUCCCAGAUGCCUGCUCCUCCUUUCACUACUAGCGGGCAAGUUGUGGAACUGAAGACCCCUGAGGCACCUAUGUAUGUUUGCAGUCUGUCCUCCUUUCAAGAGACUCCACUGGCAAAUGCCAGGAUAUACCUGAAGAGUUAAAGAAAUAACUACAUUCAGCAAAGACAACAUAAAAACAAGGGCAGGGAUGGCCAGCAGGUUUAUUAUGUCUCAGGAAAAUAAAGCAACCCCCUACCUUUAUUUUUUUGCUAGUAAAUUGAACAUCACAACCAAAGCCAUGGAUCAUUGAUCUGCAAAUGCCCCCAGUACCCGAGAAUGCUGUUGGAUUCCUCAUUUGUCGUGUGCUGGCACUGGGACAUACAAACAGGUCUUGCAAAUCCUGCCCUGUUGAAAAGCUUCCUGGCACCACUGGGUAUGCCAACCUGCUACUGAGUAGGAUGCAGCAAACAACAUUUUCUGCUGCGUGGGAGGGAACAACUUCUAAUUCCAAUUCCGUGGCUUGUGCUGGCUGGCAAGGACAAGCAGGCAAUGAGUUACAAUGAAAGUAUAAUGUAACUCCUAGCCUACCGCUCCUUCUCUGAGCAGAUAUAUAUACUUCACAGAAAAUUGUUGCCAGUGAAAGUAGCCUGAAGCAUUGACUUCAGAAGUAUUGACCGUAGCCAGUCUAUUAACUGUCACUUUGGAGUUCAGGGCAUGAAAAAGGAAGGAAAGUAAUCUUUUGGCCAAGGAACAGUACAGAAGUUCCAAUUAAUUCUUCUGUAGAUAGUUUUCAUUUUCCUUUGUGCACAAGGGCCACAGGAGCCAAAUACAUCUGCAAGUUAUUAUGAGCUGUAAGCAAUAUAAGACCGGCAGGGAAAACCCUCAAACAUUAGUGUUUUUCCUGUCAAAUGGUUUUAAGAGCUGAAUAGUUUUGGGGAACAGAUGAUCUGUAGCAUCUGUAUCAUCUCACCUCUGCUUUCCACAAUGCAGCAUGCCUAGGCUUGCACAGCACACAGCAAUGUUAUCCUCAGGCCAACAAGAGAAGAGGGCUAGGUUGCACAGGUUGCCCUGCCCAACAUUUGCAUUGGUUUUGCCCCAUUUUCUUUUAAAGAUGGUUCUUACGAAAAUGUCAUCUCUCCCCCAUUAGCCCUUUCCUGUUUCUUCUCAAAAAUUAACAGUCCAACAGUGGAUCAAUUUGACCUUCCUUCCUUAGAAAUCAUUUGACCUGUAUUGCAAAGUUUGUUUUGCAUAAAACAGUUUCAGUCAUACAACCAUUUGUAUUCCCCUUGCGCUUUUGUUGCUAAUAAAGGUUUAUAUUUGGCAUGGA